AUGUCUUGUCCCACGGUCACGAAACCGGUAUUUGAGCACCACCACAGCGGCUUAGGGGUGGAGUCCCCUAGACCUAGGAUCUCAUGGCGGUUUCACGCGAGUGAUACUGCAGUACCAGCAUGGGUUCAGACUUCCUACGAACUCGAGGUUACCUUUACUACCGACAACGAAACUAAGGUUUUUCGUGAGACUAACGACCAGUCUGUUCUGGUGCCAUGGCCUUUCAGAGACUUGGGAUCUCGAGAAAGCGCCGUCGUUCGCGUCCGAGUAUACGGAAAGAGUCUCGUGAAAGAGGCAUACAAGGCCGAAGAGCCAAGUCAAUGGUCAGAGCCGGCAACUGUUGAAGCCUCUCUUCUUGAGCGAGAAGACUUCCGGGCCAAGUUCAUCACAUCAGCUAAACUGAUAGGUCCGCAUGGACCCCUAAGGCCUAUUAGAUUUCGUAAAGAUUUUACACUUCCCGAAGAUGUCAAAUUCGAUCUGCUAUCAGCUCGGCUGUACAUCACCUCACUCGGUGUUUUCGAGGCUACGAUUAACGGGAAACCUGUCACGGACGAAUGCAUGGCUCCAGGAUGGACAAGUUACAGACAUCGGCUUGUUUAUCGCGUUCUCGAUGUCAAAAAUCUUUUGCUUCCUGGCCAGAAGAACACAAUCUGUGUAGAAGUUGGCGAAGGGUGGUACGCAGGGCGACUUGGCUUUAAGGGAGGGAUUCGGUUUCGAUACGGAGACGUUAUUGGACUUUUUGCACAGCUGGAAGUCAAAGGCCCCAAAAACGAACCCUGGUCUCUGCUGACAGACGAGUCCUGGUCUUGCAAGCCAAGCGCUAUCACAAACAGCGAAAUAUAUGACGGCGAGGACUACGAUAUGAGAGAAGAAGAAGAAGAGGACUGGAACAGGGCUGACAAAGUUUGGGAUAACGCGCUCGGCACAAAGAUUCUGCCCUGGCCUACGGCGAAGCUAGUGGCUAUCGAUGCACCCCCAGUCCGAGUUAUCGAGACAAAGCCUUGCAUCAAUGUGUUCCUGAGCAAGUCCGGCAAGACAAUUCUUGAUUUCGGACAGAACCUUGUUGGAAAGCUGCUUGUCAAGUCAGUUCAGCUUGGGAAGGGAGAAAAGAUUACAUUGAGACAUGCUGAGGUUAUGGAGGACGGCGAGCUCGGAACCAGGCCUCUUCGAGACGCUAAGUGCCUCGAUACUAUCAUUGGCUCAGGGAAAGAGAUAAAAGACUGGACACCCAAGUUUACCUUCCACGGCUUCCGUUUUGUUCAAGUUGACGGAUGGCCUAGCGGUACUCUAUCCAAAAACGACAUCCAGGCCCUCGUCAUGCAUACUGACAUGAAGCGUCGCGGAUUCUUCGAGUGCUCCAACUCUUCCGUCAAUCAGCUUCACAGUAACGUGGUUUGGUCUAUGCGAGGCAACUUUCUUUCUCUUCCCACUGACUGCCCACAAAGAGACGAGCGACUUGGUUGGACCGGUGAUCUACAGGUCUUCUGCCCAACGGCAACAUUCCUGUACGAUACGCUGGGCAUUCUCGGUAACUGGCUCCAGGAUGUCGCGGCAGAACAGCUUGAAGAAGGAAAGGGAGGCAUCCCGCCAUUGGUGGUUCCCUUGGCCAUCAGCCCAAACUGGCCUCACAUGGCACAAGCAGUCUGGGACGACAUGACUGUCCUGGCUCCGCACGUUCUCUAUCAGUACAGCUCUGAUAAGGGUUUGUUGGAGCGUCAGUUCCAGAGCAUGCAGGCGUGGCUCGACCAGGGGAUAGACCGAGCCUCUGAUGGCCUCUGGAAUCCUGAUAAGUGGCAGCUUGCAGACUGGUUAGAUCCAAGCGCGCCUCCAGAAGACCCGGGAAAUGGACGGACUGACAGCAUCCUUGUUGCGAAUGCCUAUCUCGUUCACACAACGUUGGUAUUCUCUCAACUAUGUGCUGCGCUUGGGAAAGAUAAUCUAUCCGCCAAAUAUUCUGAAGAUGGAGAACGGCUCAAAACGCUAUUCCAAAGACGCUAUAUUACGCCGGAGGGUAAUCUCAUGUCAACUUCCCAGACAGGUUUGGCUCUUGCAUUCCAAUUCGAUUUGUAUCCAAACAACUCCCUUCAGCGUCAGACGGCUGCGAAAGCUCUAGAAAAGCUGGUUCGAACCGCUCGUUUCCACAUUAGCACUGGAUUCGCCGGUACACCGGUGAUUUCACAUGCGCUUACCACUAUUGGUCGGCCUCAACUAGCGUAUCGUAUGCUCCUCGAGACAACGUGUCCUAGUUGGCUAUUUCCUGUUGUUUCUAUGGGUGCGACAACCAUCUGGGAGCGGUGGGAUAGCAUGUUACCAGAUGGACGUAUCAAUCCUGGACAAAUGACUAGUCUCAAUCAUUACGCGCUCGGUUCAGUUGCAGACUGGCUACAUGGAUCAGUUGGAGGCAUAUCGCCGCUUGAGCCAGGCUGGAAAAGGAUCCGUGUGCGUCCUGUACCAGGAGGCAACAUUACGAGUGCGCGGGCGUCUUUCGACGGACCUUACGGCAAGGUCGCCAUUGAGUGGACAGUGGAUGGCAACGAGAUAUUCAAGAUGAAGUUGAUCGUCCCACCAAGCUGCUCAGCUGUUGUAACUCUGCCGUCAGAAUUAAGACAGCUUUAUGACGAGACCCCUGAGCCUUCCCGUAUAGUGUACUCAGGAGUUCACGAGUUUGAGUGUUCGUUUUGUGCUGGGGAGUGGCCACCGAAGCCUUUUGUGGCAGCAAAUCAACCCUUGCCACCGGAUACAAUUGCAGAAUGA